AGAGAAUCCGGCAACAUGGCGCUGCGGAAGCGCAACAGCAGCAGCGCGACGAACCGCGUCCGCGACCUCCCGCUCUUCGUGGAGAAGGCCAAGGGCGACAAGGACAAGAUGGUCGUUAACCUGCAGGUCAUCGUGCUGGACAUGGACGACCUCAAUGCCAACACCGCCGCCUACGCCUCCGUGCUCAUCGCCGACGAGACAGGCGCUGCCUCGAUGCUCGUGAAGCGGUCGCUGGCGCUUGGCCUCAACUGCGGCGACAUCCUGAGCCUCGAGAAUGCGCAGCUGACGUUCCACAACACGCACUUGGUCGUGAGCCUCAGCGCCGCCGGACGCAUCGAGCGCAUUGGCGAGUAUACGAUGAUCUUCAAGGAGACGCCCAACGUCAGCAACUACCUCUACACCAAGGACGCGUCGGGGCUCAUGGUCUUGGAUCGUCGGCCAAAGCAGGUCCAGCGGUAAGGCAGGCCAUGCCCUGUCGCUGUCUGCAGUACGAUGCGACAACGAUAUAUAUUAAUACUCCAUGAAGGUGUGCGAAAGGGUUGCCAAAGCG